UGUCCUAAGCGGGCUCUUUUAUGUGAAUUUCCUGAUUAUGGGUGGCUAUAGUCACAUUUAUCAAGUGUUGAUAUUUAAAAAAAAUAAAAUUGAUAAAUUUAAAUGUUGUAAACGGUGUGUCAAAAUCACCAAUGUUAUCAUGCUUAUAAUGGUCGUGAACACGGUCGACAGGUUCUAUCAAGCGUAACUUGCGUAUUGUCUCGCAUCCCGCUUCCCAAUCAGAAAAUUAACAUGGUCUUUUCGAUGACGUGCGUGAGUCUGAUUAAUUUUGCUUGAAUCAAUCGUCUGAGCGCAAGCCGUGUGUCUGAAAGUAUUAUUUGCAUGAAUUCUACCAAGAAAAGUAACAUACCACACACAUUGCGUGCACCCCAUGCUCAGAUCCAAAUUUGUCGUAGCAUUGUCUGCUACCCCCAGUCAGAAAGUUUUAAAUAUUCUGCAGCUUUCUUCGUAUCAGACGGUCAUGUACAGCAUAUCAUGUCAUUUCUUUCUUUCCUUCUCUUAUGCAGCCAUUUUGCUUGGAAACACUUCCAUUACGGAAUUUAUUCCGUUUUUCUUUAAAUUACGACUAGCCCAAGUAUCCAGAAGAUCGAGUCAAGACUUUAUAGAAAAUUACUGCAAUCAUAUUUGAUACGUACCACUAACCAUCUUAUUGUUGAUCAUAAAGAUGUGACGGUUAGAAGGCGAUGCUUUCCAUUGUAGCCUAAAUUGGUUUACGAAACGGUUAAAAUUGGCAAAAAGUUCGCGAUCGGGCGAAAUUCUCAUCAAU